UAGUGACGCCAGGGGUUACUGUAUCACUGCAGGGUUAUGUAUCAUGAUACUGUAUCACUGCAGGCUGCAGGGUUAUGUAUCACGAUACUGUAUCACUGCAGGGUUAUGUAUCACGAUACUGUAUCACUGCAGGGUUAUGUAUCACGAUACUGUACCACUGCAGGGUGAUGCAUCGUUGUGCUGUACCAUUGCUGCGUGAUGCAUCGUGGUGCUGUACCAUUCCUGGGUGGUGCAUCGUGGUGCUGUACCAUUGCUGCGUGAUGCAUCGUGGUGCUGUACCACUGCUGCGUGAUGCAUCGUGGUGCUGUACCACUGCUGCGUGAUGCAUCGUGGUGCUGUACCACUGCUGCGUGAUGCAUCGUGGUGCUGUACCACUGCUGCGUGAUGUCGGCUGGUAUGACGCGUGGCAGGCUUUGGUUAUGGUUAAGACCAUGUGGGUUAGGGUUUGGGUUGGCCUAGCCCUGCUGGACGUGCCGUCUGCCCGACCACUUGCGGAAUGCCCCCCGGCCCCAGAGUGGCUCCAGCACACGAAUGGGCCGUUUGAGCUCCGGCGUCCGUCAGCAUUUGGGUCGUGCCGCCGAGCUCCUGCACCAGCCUGGCCUUUAGCUCGCCGGUGAUGCUCAGUGAGCCUGAGGUGCUCAAGAAUGAUGUUUGGCUAAGUACAGAACUAAUUGGACUCAUUUUCUGUGAAUUCAUGUAAGAGGGUGAUUGUUGGAAGGCAGCUGGGGCGGGACACCUGUGCCUGUCAUGGACACCCCACAGCCUCUUAUGAAUUACGUCUUCUUCGAGAAUUCCUCCAGUAACCCGUACCUGAUCCGGCGCAUAGAGGAGCUGAAUAAGACGGCCAGUGGGAACGUCGAGGCGAAGGUGGUCUGCUUCUACAGGCGGAGGGACAUCUCACACAGCCUGAUCCAGCUGGCAGACAAGCACGCAAAGGACCUGGAGGAGGAGAAGGCGAGCUCGAGUGACCCGGAGCUCAGCGACAAGCAGAAGCACCAGCUUCGUCACCGCGAGCUCUUCCUGUCACGGCAGUACGAGUCGCUGCCGGCGACUCACAUCAGGGGGAAGUGCAGUGUGGCUCUCCUGAACGAGACCGAGUCUGUGCUCUCCUACCUGGACAGGGAGGACUCGUUCUUCUACUCACUGGUGUACGACCCUACGCAGAAGACCCUGCUGGCCGACAAGGGUGAGAUCCGUGUGGGGCCUCGCUUCCAGGCCGACGUGCCCGACAUGCUGCAGGACGGCGAGCCAGACGACCGGGAUCAGUCCAAGCUGGAGGUGAAAAUGUGGGACCCCCAGUGCCCUCUGACGAACAAGCAGAUCGACCAGUUCCUUGUUGUUGCUCGUGCGGUGGGCACCUUCGCCCGAGCCCUGGACUGCAGCAGCUCUGUCCGGCAGCCCAGCUUGCACAUGAGUGCCGCCGCCGCCUCCCGCGACAUCACCCUGUUCCACGCCAUGGACACGCUGCACCGGCACGGCUACAGCCUGUCUGGGGCCAUCAGCGUGCUGGUGCCGCAGGGCGGCCCUGUGCUCUGCCGCGACGAGAUGGAGGAAUGGAGCGCUUCGGAGGCCGGCCUCUUCGAGGAGGCGCUCGAGAAAUACGGCAAGGACUUCAGUGACAUCCGGCAGGACUUUCUCCCCUGGAAGUCACUGACCAGCAUCAUCGAGUAUUACUACAUGUGGAAGACGACAGACCGAUACGUGCAGCAGAAACGGCUGAAGGCAGCGGAAGCCGAGAGCAAACUGAAGCAAGUGUACAUCCCUACCUACAACAAGCCCAACCCCAACCAGAUCUCCGUCAGCAACGGCAAGAUGAGCGCGGUGAACGGCGCAGCUGCACUGCCGGGGCACCAGGCGACCAGCGGAGGGCGAGCUUGCGAGAGCUGCUACUCCAUGCAGUCGGCGCAGUGGUACUCGUGGGGCCCCCCCAACAUGCAGUGCCGGCUCUGCGUGUCCUGUUGGAUGUACUGGAAAAAGUACGGGGGGCUGAAGAUGCCCAGCCGAGCUGAUGGAGAGGAGAAGGCACCAUCCAGCCCCUCCCCCAAUGAGCCCCGGUCCCGUGCUCACGGCCCCCGCCAGUCGGCUCACCUGGCCCCCAUGCGCAACACGGGCAGCCCCAAGUCCUCGGUGAAGACCAAGCAGGCCUUCCUGCUGCAGGCCACACGGCUCACCAAGCUGGCGCGUCACAUGUGCCGUGACAUCAUCAGGCUGCGCCGGGCCGCACGCCGCCCCUUUGUGCCCAUUAACUGUGGCGCCAUAAAGGCGGAGUACAUGUCGCGAGCCUCUGAGGGACUGGGGGCGCCACCAGCGCAGCUGCGGAGCGUGCAGAGGAGCAGCCUCAGCAGCGUGCUGCGCUUCCUGGAGUCUCGCCCAGCCCCCAACAUGACCCGGGCUCCCCGCACUCCAGGUCUCCAGGUCCCGCCCCCCCGGCGUCUGCUCUCCUCACUGCCUAGCCAUGGGCCGCUAGGCAUGCUGGGAAAGCGCGGAUACCACCACCAUAGCAGGAUGGAGAGCAGUGCAGAGAGGAGGGCAGCUGCGGGCCAAGAGAACUCGAGUCACACAGUGGGAAGCCUGUUGCACAACGGAAGCAGCAGCGGCAACGUGUUGCGUAAGCGUCGGCCCAACUGGAUCGACGCCCCUGACGACAGCUUCUUCCUCGUGUCCUGGGAGACCAGGAAGGCCCGGAAGCUGCUCUCUCGCUCCCAGCUAAGACGUGCCUGCAGGCAGCCAUGUGAGCAGAUCUCCCUGCGAAGGGUCCCCUCUGCUCCCCACCAGCCCCCCCCACACCUCAGCCUGAGGAACCGGGGCCCCAUCGUCAUUCAUGACUGACCCCCUGCCCGCCACCCCCCCUGUCCCAGUGCACCGGCGACGGAACCCGAUGGCCACCCCCAACGAUGUCCCGCACCCAUGAUGUCGUCGGUGCAAAAGCAAACCGCACACUCCGCAGUCCCCAGCAAGACGUUAUCAGACAAAGAGCGCCAUCUGGUGUUGGAAGGCAGGCAUGACAGCUCUGAGGUGCCCAUUAUAACUGCAGUUUCUUCACCCUGUUUUAGAAAGACUCGAGGGGCGCGGUUUGUGCGCUGUUUUUUUUUUUGACAUCUUGAACCAACAUUGUCACACACACUGACACACACAAGCAAAAUCACAAUGUAUAUUUAAGGGUUUUUACAUUUGCUUUUUCUUAACUUCUUGUAUUUUAUCAGAAAUGGAUGAAAUGAGCCCUGUUUCCGCGGUAGGUCAGUAAGGGGGUCCUUCCCCUGUAGAUGUGGUAUUAAAGGGUAGCGGGUCGGACUCGGGCGAUGUUACGCGCUGUUCCCACUCGCUGGCGCACCCGCUUCGCGGUCAUUUUCCCGGCAGAGGUACGAAUCGUUUCGUCUGUCACCUCCGGUCCCUUUCUGAAGCCGCCCUGGCCACCACCAGGGGGUCAGUACACAGCCAGGCAUAUCUACGCAGGUAUGCAGUGCAGUGCUGAAGCGAGAAACCUCCGUUUAAAGAAUCGUUCGGUUACGCAGCGCUAAUGAACUCUCAGAGGUCGCAGCUUUUCUGCGUCUCCGGGGCUUCCUUUAUUGUACUGAUCCAUCCUACACCCCCGUAUUUAUGUUGUGUUUUCCUGUGCAACAUGUUUGAUGUGUAAUAUUCCCAAAUAAAACAUGCUGUGAGCUGUA